AUGGGUAACUGCUUCAUCAUAGGACCGACACAAUUAUGGCCCAUUAUGAUGCAGCUUCACGAGCUACCGGAGGAGCCUAUAAUGGUGUUAGGUAUUUUCUGUGGCUCGUCGAAACCAGACAACGUAGAAGAUUAUUUGCGUCCUCUAGUGAGCGAUUUAAAUAACAUUCUGGAAACCGGAAUCAUCAUCCACAGCGAAAAGAUUACCAUAAGCCUCAGAGCCAUCAUAGCUGAUACUCCUGCUCGAGCGUUUAUUAAAGGAGUGGCCUAUUUCAACGCUGCAAAUGGCUGUAUUAAGUGUAAAAUUGUGGGUCGACAUGACAAACGUACUCGCAGAAUGAUUUUUGAAGGCGUAGCAGCUAAAAGGACCGAUGCAGAGUUUAGAAGCGGGCAAUACGCUAUUGGGCAUCAAAGGCGACCUACACCUAUAGCGGAUAUUACAGGUUUAGACAUUAUUAAGCACAUACCUGUAUCGGACGACCUCCACCUACUACAUUCCGGAUUCAUGAAGUUAUUCGUG